AUGCCCAAGCUUCUUGUUGUAUUCGGUGCCACCGGUCACCAAGGGAGCUCUGUCAUCAGCAAUGUUCUGAAUGAUCAAGAACUCUCUACAGAAUACCAAAUCCGAGCCAUCACUCGCGAUGUCAACUCGGACAAAGCCAAGCAGCUCAAAGACAGGGUUGAGGUCGUUCACGGAGAUAUGUCUGACAAGGAGUCCCUGGGCCCAGCACUCACCGGAGCCCACACCGUCUUCAUCAUGACACCUCCCAGCUUUGGCUCCAAUCCCGAGGAAACAGAAGUCAAAAGCGUCAAGGCCAUUGCGGAUGCCGCAGUUCAGCAAGGUGCUACAUAUCUUAUCUACAGCACCCUUCCCAGUAUCAGCCAGCUGUCAGGUGGAAAAUGCACCAAGAUCACCUUCUUUGACGCCAAGGCCAAGGCUGAGAGUUAUGUCCGCAGCCUCGACAUCAAGAGUGCCUUCUUCGCUGGCGGGUUCUUCAUGGAAAAUUUCCAUCAGCACCCCUUCCUGGGACCGCAGCCAGGGCCCAACGGGACGUGGAUUCUUUCUCGGUCCUGCUCGCCAAGUACCAAGUUGCCUUAUUUUGACGCAACUGAGGAUACCGGUAAAUGGAUUGGAGCUAUUCUCGCCAACCCUGACCAGUAUGAAGGAAAGACUUUCUCCGCGGCUCAAGCACUGUAUAGUCUGGAUGAGAUCGCAGCUGCGCUCUCGAAAGCUACGGGAAAGAAGGUCGUUUACAAACAGCUGUCCGCUGAAGAGUUUGCCCAAAGUCUCCCUGUGGCAGGAGACGCCUUCAGCGAGUUCUACAUAUUUAUGCAGGAUUACGGGGGCUAUUUUGGGCCUGAAACGGACAAGCUGGUCUCAUGGGCGGCAGGCAGAGCUAGAGGCAAGCUCACGACUCUCGAUGAAUACUUUGAGAGACACCCGUUGACACUGGACUAA